AUGAACGGCAUCAUAAGAACCGCCCCGCCGGGCACCAUCUACGUGCGGGCGCUUUAUGACUACGAGGCGGAUGAUCGCACGAGUCUGAGCUUCCACGAGGGUGAUAUCAUCCAGGUUAUCACACAACUCGAGAGUGGUUGGUGGGAUGGUGUGAUCAACGGCGUUCGAGGCUGGUUCCCAAGUAACUAUUGUCAAAUCAUCUCAGCUACGGAUGAGAUGCCCCAGGCUGCUCAGAAUGGAAUGAUGGUUGCCCAAGACGAUGACUUUGAAGAUCAAGUCCGCUAUGAGGAAGAGUAUGAUGAGGAAAAUGAGUCAGACCAGGAGGAUUUCAAUGGUUUGCCCCUAGAGGGCACGGAUAUGGGCAUCAAGUCUGCUGGUGCCGAAUUUUGGAUCCCACAAGCAACCCGCGACGGCAGACUGUUCUAUUACAAUACCAUGACGGGUGAAAGCAGCAUGGAGCUGCCUCUGGAGUCGCCGACAUCUCUCAACGAGACGGGGCCGAUGGAUCGAAUGAAUGUCAAUAUGCCCGAAAAGACGCGACCACCUCCUGAAAUGAUGGCUAGAGGCCUUACCCAGGACGAAGACGAAGACUCGGAAGCCGCUUCUGCAUCCGAAUUAGAAAACGAUUCACUGAUGAUGGCCCCUCGAGGCUCAGCUUCACGAGCUCGGCGUACCUACACGAAUGACGGGGUGGGAAUAUCACCGGCGCCCUCGAUGGAUUCUAUGAACGGAGCUUCGCCUGCGACCCGCGUCCGAGGGGACACCUUCAUCAACACGAACCUACCUUCAGCAACAGGAUUCGGCCAGACGCCAACGCUGGCUUCAGCCACCUCCUUCACAGGCGCCAGCUUCAGCCUGCCACAGGCUGCCACCAUUCCUCGUUCAUUCUUUGAUGAUGGAUCGGCUUAUCCCCUCACAUGGACUAGACUGGUCACCGACAUGAAGAAGGCCAUCGACCGGUACCGCGAAGCGAUCACGACUAAUAAUCGUGCCGAAUAUGUGAGUCGCGCUGAGGACAUAUCUGAUCAUUUGCGACUACUACUAGCCGCUGGCUCUGGGACAACCGACAACCAUUCUGGUCAGCCCUCAAUUAUAUCCACAAACAAGGCUUUGUAUCCUCAUUUUAGAGAUAUGAUGUCAAAGUUCUCAAAGUUGGUCAUCUCGUCGCAUAUAGCCGCCGCCGACUGGCCUAAUGCCGAAUCCGUGCAAAAAUGUAUGCAGGAAGCCGACGGUGUCCUCAUGGGAGUUUUCAGUUUCGUUGAAGUUGCAAAGCAACAGAGGGGCGAGGAAAUCCCCCGGCUGUUUCCUGGGUUUGUCAUUGGAAGCACCGUGGGCGGUAGCUGGCAGAACAACGGGCUGGGACCCCGGGACCCCAUCACCUCAAAUUUCCUGGAUGACGAACAAGACGGCCUUGUGGACCCCGCUGCAAUUCUCGACGGACGUUUAUUGGAGAGGCUUGACGAGCAGAAGAGGAUGCUGGUCUCCAGCAUCAGGGAACUUGAGAAGUACCUCACCGUGACAGACAAGGUCAUCACACCGUACAAGCAUGAGGUCAUUGGCAACAACGUUUGUACAGCAGGUGGCAAGGUCAUGGAAACAUUCAAGCCGUGGGUUCAGAUGAUCGAGUCCAUUGACCUCUCCUCUCUCGGAAACAAUUUCCAGACGCCACAGCUCUCCGAUUACAUGACGUACAAACAGAGCCUAUACGAUAACAUAUCGGACCUUAUACUCGGUUGCCAAGCAGUCGCUGGGCCGCUAGGCGAUGAAUGGGCAGAGGUGCGCGGCGAGUCCUUGGAAGGCCGCCUCAAGUACGUUGAGCAAUGUGCCCGCGCAUUGGAGCAGAACUCAUCGCACAUUGGAUUCUCGCUGCAGCUACUCUCGGAACAGGUUAUGAGCGUUAUUACGCAGACCAGCAGCAUCGCGCGCGAAGACAUUUAUCAACGCGAACAAGUCAGAAGAGGCGACACCAUGCCAUACAACCCCGUGCACGCCCGGGCAGAGUCUCGCACGCUCGGAAUGGGUGGGCGGCCACCGCUGGUUACGUCACAGUCUUUCACCGAAGGCGACGCUCCAACGAACAACUACCGAAAGGGCGACUUAUCCAAAGUCAGGAAGAUUCUCGGAGAUGAUCCAACACCACAAGGUGCCAUACAAGCCCCAGAGGAAAUGCCUCCCUUCCUUCGUCUUGACCUCGAGAGCGAGCUGUCUUGGGAUCUCAAGACUUCACCUCCUGCCGUAAAGGGAGGUACGCUGCUGGCUUUGGUCGAGCAGCUCACUCGGCACGAUAAGCUGGAUUCGAACUUCAAAGACACCUUCCUCCUUACCUAUCGGUCUUUCACAACUGCGCGCGAGUUGUUCGAAUUACUUGUGCAGCGCUUCAACAUUCAGCCGCCCGAAGGCUUGAGCAGUAUCGAUUUUGACAUAUGGCGCGAUCGCAAGCAGAAGCCCAUUCGAUUCCGAGUUGUGAACAUAAUGAAGAGUUGGUUCGACAACUUUUGGCUCGAGGAGAACAACGAGGAGUCAAAACACCUGAUCCGAGAUGUGUACCAAUUCGCUCGAGAGACAGUCAAAUCCACAGAAACGCCCGGUUCGGCGCCUCUCAUGGCCGUUUUGGACCAACGCCUGAGCGGCAAGGAGCUUUCUUCCAAGCGCAUGAUUCAAACGCUGACAAAUAACAUACCUGCGCCCAUCAUGCCCAAGAACAUGAAGAAGCUCAAGUUUUUGGAUAUCGAUGUCACAGAAUUCGCCCGUCAGCUAACCAUUAUCGAGUCCAAGCUCUACGGCAAGAUCAAGCCUUCUGAAUGCCUUAACAAGACCUGGCAGAAGAAGAUUGGCGAAGGAGAGCCCGAGCCAGCACCCAACGUGAAGGCCUUGAUUCUUCAUUCGAACCAGAUGACGAACUGGGUAGCAGAGAUGAUCUUGGCUCAGAUGGAUGUCAAGAAGCGUGUCGUUGUCAUCAAGCAUUUUGUUUCGGUAGCCGACAAAUGCCGAUUGCUCAACAACUUCUCUACACUGACGUCUAUCAUUUCAGCCUUGGGUACUGCGCCCAUCGCUCGCCUCAAGCGGACGUGGGAUCAGGUGCCCGCUCGAACCACGGCCACUCUGGAGACAAUGCGACGACUGAUGGCCAGUACCAAGAACUUUGGUGAAUAUCGUGAGGCUCUACACGCGGCUAAUCCACCUUGUAUUCCCUUCUUUGGUGUAUACCUGACAGAUCUUACCUUCAUUGAGGAUGGAAUCCCCUCAAUUAUUAAAAAGACUAACCUGAUCAAUUUCGCCAAGCGUGCAAAGACUGCAGAGGUCAUUCGAGACAUCCAGCAGUAUCAAAAUGCACCCUACUCUCUGCAUUCCGUGCCUGAUCUUCAGGACUACAUCCUAUCCAACAUGCAAGCUGCCGGCGAUGUCCACGAGAUGUACGACAAGAGCUUGCAAGUAGAACCCCGUGAACGGGAGGAUGAAAAGAUUGUGAGAGGACACGCAUUGCCUUCCCAGGAGAAGUUGCUCUCUGUGUCUGCUACUGGUUUUGGCCGAAUCAGGCUUUCUAUGAGGCAGUGCAUCGACCCAGACAGGCCCAGACGCUACGGUCUUAAGCAGGGCGACUCAUUGCGAAUAUGCCGUUCCCUGAUCGCCGCGCAAGAAGGAGAGGAUCCCGGGCCCCUGAGCAUCGCCCAUUGUGUGGAUGAAGCCGUAUAUAAGUGGCUUUCCAUCUAG